AUGCUGCAAUAUGUUCCAGGAGACACUAGCAGGGAAACGCUAAGUUGGUUCUACGAGCUCCCAUCAAACUCGGUCGAUUGCUUCCGAGAACUGGCAGACAAGUUCGUCAAUAGAUUCAUUUUACGAACGGAUGGGCAAAACACCGCCCAGUUGUUCAAAAUCAAUCAAGAUAGGGGUGAGGGAUUGAAAGCUUUCGUGAACCGAUGGCAAGAUGCCACGGUCAGAGUCAGGAACUUUGACAAAAAGGUUGCGGAGGAAGAAUUCAUUCAAGGACUGCUUAUCAGAAAAUUUAUGUAUGCAGUAAAAAUCGAAUGCUCGCAAGGCUACGAUGAGCUUAUGGAGAUGGCGGUCAGGCAUGCUCAAGCAGACCAUGAUACAUAUGGAGGGACCUCGACCGGGAAGAGGAAGGUCGGAGAGCAAGAAGGAGGAUCGCCGAUACAAGUGGUCCAGGAGAUAAGGGCCUGGACGGGGGAGCAAGAGCCGAGCUCGCACCCAGCUGGAAAGAGGUACGCGAGAACGGUACCGGCAAGCAAAGAACAUUUCUCGACGCUCAACGCCACCUACGAGGCGAUAUGGAAUGAGAAUAAGUCUGCCAUUCCGCCUCCCCCGGCCCAAAAGUUCCCCCCAUCCCGGCUCACCAAGGAAGAUACUGGAAAGUUUUGUGGGUAUCACGGGGAAGCAAGCUAUAUCAUUAACAGCUGCAUAGAAUUAAAAAAAACAGUAGAACGCCGAAUUCAAGAAGGAAAGCUGCAGCAAUAUGUGUCCGGCCCAAGGCAUGUAGGGGCAAUUGAAGUAUAUGGGACAAUCAACACCAUCCAUGGCGGGUCCCGUAUAGAUAAUAGAAGCAACAAGGCAAAAAAGCAGUGUACGGGAUCUAGGAAUGGCAGGGAUGUCUUCGUCUUUGGGAGUAGCAGUAAUCAGCGAGUGACAACCGGCUGGAAGUCCGUUACCUUCCUAGAAGAGGAAGAGGAGGGGAUAAGACGGCACGAGGACCCAUUCUUAAUAACAUUGCAACUCGACCACUAUAUCACAAAGAAGAUCCUGGUUGACACCGGAGCCUCGGUCAACGUGUUGUUCAGGAGUGGCUGGAAGGGACUGCAUCGAGGAAGUAACAAGUUGAUACAAGACCAUGAGCCGUUGAUCAGCUUCUCGGGUGAUGUGGUCCAGCCCCUAGGAUCGAACAGCUUCGGGGUGAGUAUGGAAGGCCGAGAGGGAGUUGCCCGGGCGACAGUAGAGUUCAUCGUGGUGGAUUACGAGUCGUCCUAUAACGGGAUCUUGGGAAGGCCCGCGUUAUGGAAGCUGAAGUCUUUUGUCGUCGGCCACAUGUUAAUAAUGAAGGUCCCAACCCCGACCGGAAUCAUUACGAUCCGGGGAGACCAAACGGCAGCAAAGAGUUGCUAUGCGAUAGAUAACGGGAGGAAAAGAUUCAAGGUUCUAUUGGCGAGCCAGGCCAUGGCAUCCCCCUCGGACCCUUUUGCGGAUCCCAGAGAUAAUACCGACUCGAAUGAGGAGCGUCCGGUGUCCGCAGAAGACACAGAAAUGGUAUCAGUCUCAGAUGAAUUCCUGGAUAGGCAAGUGACCAUCGGGACGGGGCAGGCACCAGGAGUGCGAGCGGCCUUGAUAAGCUUCUUGAAGAAAAAUAGUGGGGCAUUCGCUUGGACAUAUAAAGACAUGCCUGAGAUAUCUAGCGGAAUCAUACCCCUAGUGGUUGGCCAAUGUGGUCAUGGUUCCAAAGAAGUCAACAGGGCAGUGGAGGAUGUGUGUAGACUACUCAAAUCUCAACAAGGCAUGCCCAAAGGACAGCUUCGCGCUCCUACGAAUAGACCAACUGGUGGACUUCACAUCCGGAUUCGAAUUGUUGAGCUUCAUGGACGCCUAUGCGGGCUAUAA